UCACAGUUCACAACAAACUUAAAACAUUUCCCAAGCAACAACAAAAACUCAAGUUUAUUCUCGGUGGCGAAAUCGUGACGUCUUCCCCCCCUCUCUACCUCGUCUUCAUCGAAACUCCAAUCCAAUUCUUUAAUCUUCGACCUAAUUAUUAACAGCUACUGAGUUGGUCAAUUUAUGUGGUUCUAGCAAGUGUCCCAACAAUCCAAAAACUAGAUCUACCAUGGCAUCUUCUUUUGAUUCAUGGAUGAAGGAAUUCAAUGAAGCUACUAAACAUGCUGAAGAAAUUGAAGCUAUGAUUGCCGAGAAGAGUUCUUCAACCUCACCUGGACCUGAUGCACAGCGCAGUACAUCUGCAAUCCGGAGGAAGAUUACGAUUUUGGGGACCAGACUUGAUAGUUUGCAGUUGCUAUUGUCAAACCUUCCAGCUAGGCAGCCAAUAUCAGAGAAAGAGAAGAUUAAACGCGAAGACAUGAUUUCAAAUUUGAGAUCUAAAGUUGAUGAGAUGACCUCUAAUCUGAACAUGUCCAACGCCAAUAGGGAGAACUUACUUGGAGAAGAUGCAAAGCCAGCAGACCUGAUGACUAGAACAGCAGGGUUGGACAACCAUGGGCUUGUUGGACUACAGAGACAAGUUAUAAGAGAGCAAGAUGAGGGGCUAGACAAAUUGCAUGACACGGUAUUAAGUACGAAACAUAUUGCAUUGGCAGUUAACGAGGAACUUGAUCUUCACACAAGGCUCAUUGAUACUUUGGACGAACAUGUGGAAUCAGUUGACUCUCGUCUACAGCGAGUUCAAAAGAGGGUGGCGAUUUUAAAUCGGCGUACUAGGGAUGCUUGCUCCUGCAUGUCCCUACUUGUAUCAGUAAUGGGUAUUGUGUUUUUAGCUGUUGUUGCUUGGUUGCUGAUUAGAUACUUGUAAAUUGUCAUAUCUAUAAAUGCUACUAGCGACAUCCACCUUUCCUGCUCUGAUCCAUAUGUCCAUCUUUAUGUUAAUCAUCUUUGGUAGUGGCUUUGUGUUCCCCCGUGUUAUACAUGCAACAGUUACCUUAUGUGAAGGCAAGCGUAAAUAAUGAAAAUGUAGAAUUUUGUUAUCUCUGA